UAUCCAUCCAUACGAGAAAAAAAAACAAACUUUGAACCUAUUUCUUUGAAUUUAUUUAUCCGAAAUGGAAAGUGUGUGUUGUAGUCGAUGUUGUUAGAAGUGAAAGCAAUAAUCAGAAAAUCAAAGAGAAGGAAUAAGAUGGUGACGAGUGUUCAAUUUCAAGUAUCAUCAUUACCAGGCUUGUGGCUCCCAAACUCUCCAUCUUGCAGAAGAUUCUCCACAUCACCUAUCUCUGCCACACCAACCCUCUCUUCUCAAUCUUCCACCAUUCAGAUAAUUGGUGUGAAAGGCCAUGGUUUGAGUGAAAAUGGGUAUGUCAAUCCCAACAGCAAUAACACAUUUGAUGGUUACCAAGGAGAGACUGAUCUUUGGACUGAUAUUGACACUGAUCUUUAUCACUGGACAAAGGUCUUACGCCGUGUGCAGUGGUUUCCUGGUCAUAUUGCAAAAGCAGAAAAGGAACUCAAGGAGCAGCUUAAGUUAAUGGAUGUUGUGAUAGAGGUGCGGGAUGGGCGAAUUCCGUUGUCCACGAGUCAUCCACAGAUGGAUCGAUGGCUUGGUAAUAAAAAGAGAAUUUUGGUUUUAAAUAGAGAAGACAUGAUAUCAACUGCAGAUCGAAAUGCUUGGGCAGAAUAUUUUACUACUCAUGGAACAAAGGUUGUCUUCUCCAAUGGGCAGCUUGGAAUGGGAACAAUGAAGCUAGGACGGUUAGCAAAGGAAUUAGCAGCUGAUGUAAAUGUUAAACGGAGAGCCAAAGGACUACUUCCUCGUGCGGUUCGAGCUGGAAUAGUUGGAUACCCUAAUGUUGGAAAAUCAUCUCUGAUCAACCGUUUGUUAAAAUGGAGAAUGUGUUCAGCAGCUCCAAGGCCAGGAGUUACAAGAGAAUUGAGGUGGAUUCGAUUUGGGAAAGAUCUUGAAUUGCUGGAUUCUCCUGGGAUACUUCCAAUGCGAAUCAGUGAUCAGUCAGCAGCUAUAAAACUUGCUAUAUGUGAUGACAUUGGAGAGAGAUCCUAUGAUGUGGAUGAUGUUGCUGCAAUUCUUGUGCAGAUGCUUACAAAGCUUCCAACAGUAGGUCGAGAUGCGCUUUGUAAACGAUACAAGAUUCGUGUAGACAGUCAAUGUGGUAAAACAUUCAUAGAGAAGCUUGCACUUCAUCUGUUCAAUGGAGAUGUUCAUCAAGCAGCGUACCGUGUCCUGUCAGAUUUCAGAAAAGGUAGGUUUGGUUGGACUGCAUUGGAGAGGCCUCCUAGGUGACCUCGGAUGUUUGCUUUUAGAAACAAAAUUCUGUAAAGCUAAAACUGAAUUAUGCUGGAGAUCUCUAGGAGCAAACUGCAUAACUCAAUCCCUCAUGGUUAUGCUAUAAUUGUGAAUGGUAUCAUGAAAAGGAACGAUCUUGAAUUUUCUGUAAAGAUUUGAGGCACACGAAACAAAGGAUUUGAACCAAUAGAUGCUUCAUGUUAUUACCAUGUAAUUAUUCUUUGGUAUGAUGUAACAUGCUCUGUCUGUAUUGUAUAUACUACUAGUGUUGUGCCAUAGGAUUUUUUGUAUGCAUCAUGCUUAUUGUGUAUCUUUAAUUCUUUAUUUUAGUGUGUCGAUGAUUUAAACUA